AUGACCUUACAUGUGAUAAAUGUCGAAACUCAUGGAUCAUGUACCCAUACACAACCAGUUUCACCUAGUUGGUGGUGUAUUGAUCUACAACAAGAAUUCAAUAUCAUCAAUAUUAACAUAUAUAACAGAAUCACCAGUUACCGUGGCACCAACUGUGAGACAUGUGUAGAAGGUAAUUAUGGUACCAGCUGCCAACAGAGCUGUAUAGUUACUAACUGUGUAGGUAACUGUAAUAGGGAUACAGGCCAGUGUUCUAGCUGUAAACAAGGUUACCAUGGCACCAACUGUGAGACAUGUGUAGAAGGUAAAUAUGGCAGCAACUGCCAAUUAACAUGUACAGUUACUAACUGUAACGGUAACUGUAACAGGGAUACAGGCCAGUGUUCUAGUUGUAAACAAGGUUACCAUGGCACCAAUUGUGAGACGUGUGUAGAAGGCCAAUGUUCUAGCUGUAAACAAGGUUACUAUGGAACCAAUUGUGAGACAUGUGUAGAAGGUAAAUACGGUACCAACUGUCAAUCAACAUGUACAGUUGAUAACUGUAACAGUAACUGUAACUGUAGAGAAUGCAGAUCAGGAAUAUUUGGUGAUGAUUGUAAUAAACCAUGUCAUGUUAAUUGUCUUGAUACUUGUACCAGGAACGAUGGUAAAUGUGGUGGUUGUAAACUUAAUGCAGAUGGUCCAUAUUGGUGGUAUGGAGGUACAUGUGAUACACCAUGUAAUCAACAGUGUUCUGGUGCUUGUAGUAGUAGAACAGGUGUUUGUAAUGAUUGUAUUAAUGGUACAUAUGAUACCAACUGUCAAUCAACAUGUAUAAUUACUAACUGUAUAGGUAACUGUAACAGGAAUACGGGACAAUGUUCUAGCUGUACACCAGGUUGGUAUGGUAUCAACUGUGAAGAUAUAUGUUCUAGUAACUGUACUGGAGAAUGUAAUAAAUCAACAGGUAGAUGUAGAGAAUGUAAAUCAGGAAUAUUUGGUGUUGAUUGUAAUAAAACAUGUCCUGGUAACUGUCUUCAUACUUGUACCAGGGACGAGGGUAAAUGUAAUAGUUGUAAACCUAAUACAGUUGGUUUAUAUUGUAAUUCUACAUGUGGAGCUGAAUGUCUACCAAUUACAGAUGGGACUCAAGCAACAUGUGAUAGAGAUUAUAGAUGUACUAAAUGUAUUGUAGGAAGAUAUGGUGAUGGGUGUGAUUUGAAUUGUAGUACAACAUGUGAUGGUAGUUGUGAUAGAGAUGGUAGAUGUACUGAAUGUAUUGUAGGAAGAUAUGGUGAUAGAUGUGAUAAGAACUGUAGUAAAACAUGUGAUGGUAGAUGUGAUAGGACUAAUGGUAGAUGUAGUUUAUGUGUUAAAGGAUACAGUGGAGAUACCUGUGAGGAAGACUGUAAUGCUAACUGUACUGUUUGUAAUCAAGAUGAUAUCAACAACUGUUCACAAUGUAAAUAUGGCAAAUAUUAUGGAACAUCGUGUAAUUACCGGUGUAGUUCUAACUGUAAUGGACACUGUGAUAUAUCUGAUGGAACAUGUUCCCUCUGUAAACUUGGUUGGUAUGGUAAUGUAUGUCAACAACAAUGUUCUACCAAUUGUAAAGACGGUUGUGAUAUAUCAGGAAAAUGUCAAGUGGGAUUUCUAGAUGAUAUCAAAACUGAAGAAAUGAGUCCAGUUGUAGCUGGUGUUAUUGGCGCUAUAUUUGGAAUAGUAAUUACAGCGAUAAUUGGUGUUUCAGUACAUUGCUAUAUAAUUAAAAGAAAACAGUUAUCUAAACCAGCCAGUGAAUCCCGGGGUUAUAGAUAUAAUAAUCAACCAACGAUUAAUACAUUAACAACAGGAGGAGAUAACUCUACAUCUCACGAUAUUACUUAUGAUACUCUACAACAAGUUUCAACUCAACAAGAUGAUGCAGCAAAUCAAUACCAAACAUUAAAUCCAAAUCCUGCAUAUGUUAACCUUGGUUUACAAUAAGACAAUUGCGUGGGAAGAAGGAUUUGCAUUUGUGUAAAAUAUGAGGCAUGUUUAAUGAUCAUAGAUUUUGUGACCAAUUAAAUAAGAAUAAAAGACUAUAUAGCUGUAUAUAUCACAACAAAGAUGUUAAUUACUAUUCAUAUUAGUUGAAAUGAGGUGCGGGCUCUUGAAAAAGGCAAAUUUACACAUUUUAAUUCAUUAGAUCGAAAGUGUUCUAUGGGCCUUAAUCAAACUUAAUUCUUAUUCUAUGCUUAUCUAUGGUUCAUCGGAGGGGUUUCGACACCAGGUACCUUGAAGGGGAACAUUUAGACGUUUUCGGUGUCAUUUGAUGGAUGCACACCAACUUUGGUAGUUGUGUUGCUUUGGUGGUGACUAUUCAUAUUUGUGUAAUUAAUGGCUUUCACCGUUCCCUACGAACGAUCUUGUUUGGGCACCUUGGUGAAAUUUAUUUAGAAAUUGUGCUAUUUCUACUUACUCAUAACACGAUACUUUUGGGUUCCUGUGCAAAUGUAUGUAAAAUCAAUUUGCUUGACGCCAAGAACGGGCAAAUGAAGACUUGCAUUGAUCUGGAUGUGUUCAAAGAAUCAAACAGUAGAAUUAAAUUGCUAAGCAGAGAUGACCAGCAACAUAUUGCACGAAAACGUAUAACCACGUUGUAAACCAUAUCUCCAUAAUUCAUACCUUAUUAUAAACAAAUAUGAAUCGUGACGAUUCAAAUGCAAUGCAAAUAAAUUUUGUUUUCCUGUUCUUUAAAUAAUAAGUGUAUAUCAAUUAUUCUAAAGCCGCUUGUUGUCAUUUGAGAGGUUUGUGAUUCCUUGCAAACUACACUACUAUGAAUGUUGAAUAUCAGUUCAAUUUAGUUCAGUAUUUACACAGAUUUGAUGAAUUGACGGGUCUCUAUUUAAUCUUACUGAAUUCAAGCUCGUAGAUUAUCUUAAUAAUAAUAAUAAUGUACAUUUAUAUAGCGCUUAAUCCACCCAUGAGCAUGCUCUAAGCGCUGUAAGUUAAUAGCUUCUGUGGAUAAUACAUCGUGAACAUAUGCGUCUUAAGUCUAGAUCGAAAUUGAGCAACUGUUUCUGAACACUUUAUUUUGUCAGGUAAGUCAUUCCAUAGUCGUGGACCAUAUACACUGAAGGCUUUAUCACCAAAAGAUUUUAAUUUAGUUGGAGGUACAACAAGUGAUAGAUUAUUUCGUUGAUAUUUAGAUUAUUUUCUAUUACAUAAUAAUAUAAAAACAAGGGUAUUUUCAAAUAUUUACACAAAUUUUCUCAAUUCAACGAUAUUGUGUCAGACUAUAUCUAUAUAGUCUACUUUAUAUUGAAUAUCUUAUUUUAAUUUAUGUAACCAUACUAUACCUACCUUAAUUGGGGUAAUUUCUAGACAUAAAUUACUCAUUUUUUGUACGAUCCACACUUCUUGAUAAAGUAUUAAUAACAGUGCAGGUUGUAGUAUUUUUUCUGUUACAAUUAAUAUAUAUAGAAUAUUUAAGAACAAAACUUGAAGAAAUUAAAAUAUUUCAGAUACUACUUUAAAGAUGCAUUGUGUGAGAGCUAAAUCUGCCUAUUGUAGGUAUUUCCAUUGGCCUCCGAUGUUAUAUAAAUCAUUAAUUAGACAUGUAUCCACAUGGAAAGCCUAUAAUCAACUCUGUAGGAUAUUGAAUGAUCUUGAUUUUUAAUGAAUUGAAACACGAUCGCCAUUUCAUAAUUUAAUUUAUCAAUGGAUAAUUGAGACAUUGUUUAUUAUCGUAACAAUGGUAGCAAUAAAAAUCGAGACUACGCUAUUCUUAUCAAAACUUCCCACAUCGAUUACUUCGCUCAGAAUAAAGUAAUUUGACUGAUAUUUUCUAUAUACUACUUCUUUCAUUAUUUAUAUUUAAACUAGUAUUGCGAGAACUCACGGCCUUUUAUCUAAAUCUUACAUAAUGCAUCUUUAAUAGUUUUAAUUCUAAAAGUCUUGAACUGAAUUCUCAGGGCCAUAAGUAUUCUCUCAAAACAUAAAUCGUGUGCGUGCUAUUAAACGGUAACUAGCCAAAUAUGAAAUGGCGUUAUUUAAUGCCAACUGUGAACAUGACAGUCGUGUGAUUAAUUUAUUGUUUUAUUUGCGAUUGUUAUAUUUCUUUUAUUAUUACAGCAAUACUUGUAUAUGCUUAGAAGUAAUUCCAUAAAAAUAUGGAAUUGUACACUGGUAGAUGAGCCUUUUAGGUCCUUCCGACGUAGUAGGUACUAGUUGGUUAUUCGCGAUCCUGU